UCGUUCACGCCACUUUUUUUUUAUUGGUUCUGGAUGGGAAAGGAUGCGGUAAGAUUUGAGCGCAGUUCAUAAUGCGAGCGUUGCGCACACGCGAGUGCGUCUGAGCAUCACUGCGGGAUUAGGAACGGAUUCAAGAUCAUCGUCGAGCAGGGAUCAAGGUUCAUCCCAGGGUCCAAGAUGAAAGCCAGAAUGCUGUGUUUUCUGCUUUGCUCUGCGGCAUGUGUGACCGAGCUGCGAGGUGCCAACGCACCUACUUUUCCCGCGCCCGAUUUGGUUAACAGCACCGGGGAUCCGAGCGGCAAACGGGACUCCAUUCAGACCUCCAGCUCCAGGCUGAAAAGAAAGACGCUCUCGGUCGAUUUCGCAGUUCCAUCUCUUUUGCGGCACUACAUGGCACUGUUCAUAAAGCGCCCGCUGAACGGGGACUGCCUGACUUACGCAGGAUGUUACACCGUGCGCGCCAACCUGAGGAUGCACUGCGCGCCUUUGCAGAAAACCAUCGCGAGUUUGCUGGGCGACAAGUUGGCACAGAGCGCACCAGACGAGGGUGGAAACGCAUCCAGCGGCGUACAGCUGCCCUACCGGCGUGUGCGACCCGCCCCCAAGGUGCUCACCCUGGGCUUGAGCACGGCAAGCCGCAAGUCUAACCAGGUGGUGGUGGAAAUAGGGGAGGACGUGGUAAGGACGGGAUGUGGCGGACUGGAUGUGCGUGAGGACGCGCCGGUACCUUUCCUGGAAAUGGACCUGACGCGUGUGCUUGAGUGGUGGCUGGGAGCUGAGGGAGGUCGACUGCGAGUGCGACUCAUGCCCGAGCGCAAAGCUCAGGUCCCGGGCAGGGAGGAAAAGUAUUCUACAGCCAUAAGGGCCGCAGACGCACGGCUGUUUUUACAAAUCGCAUCCAGCAGUGAGCGUCCUCAGUCAACGGUGAAGGUAAAUACUGACGCUUCACUCCGCUACUGGAACUUUUCCUGGAUAGCAGAAGACGUGCUUGGUUUCCCAAAGGACGAAGCAUCGAGUGCAGGUUCAGGGUGUUCUUCAAAGGGAAUAUUAUGCCAAGAGGAUUCCAGCAGUUUCCAAGCAGAGUUUGCAUGGAGCCUAACACCCGCCAUGGAUCUGUGGGCAGAGGAUCAUGGUGUCAUGGGGAUGACAGGAGGAAGCUUUCAGGGCUGGGAGGAAGGUCGCUUUGUGUUGGUGAAUGGCUCAGCUCUGGGAGGACAGUGGGUUUUGAGUCCAUGGCUACUCGCGUCCCGUAGGUCAUGUGGGCUGGAUCUGACCGUAUUUCUUCACCCGAGGCAAAAGGGACGUUACAAGGUUUGGCUUAUCGAGAGAGACAAGCCGAUGCUGGCUCUGCUCACUACCGAACCUCCUCACAUCACUGGCUGGGCAGUGGUGCAUCUUAACCUCGGUGCUAGAGAGAAACCAUUCAGGAUCUCCUCGAGUUUUGACCAGCCGGGCGAGCUAGAGAUGGCCACUUAUAACCCACUCUUCAUCACCAACUGCACCAUGGAGACGUCUCGAAACGUGACUCUUGAGGGCCGCUAUCGCUGCAGACGGGGUCAGGAGAUCAGUCUGGAUCGGCUGUGUGACUUCACCGCUGACUGUGCUGAGGGAGAUGAUGAAGGAGAACCAUGUCGUCAGUUCCUUAACGGAAGCUACUGCUCAUUUGAAGAUGAUUGUGGUUGGCAGGCAUUGACGAGCAGAGGUUCAUACAAGGGAGUUCACCAGUCUCUGCCCAAAAAACUCACCAACAGCUGUUCAACAUCAGGAGCUGUUCUGGCUUUAGAAAGUCAGUGGAAAGGUCAACGGGGGUCAGUAUCAGUGCGGAGUCCACUCUUCCUCUACCCUCUGCGCAACGCCCCAUGCAUGGUAAGGUUCCAGGUCUGUGGAAGCCCGAAUGGUAUUCUGUCUCUCUGGAUUGUGGAGAACAGUACAGGACCCGAGGCUCAGAUAAGUCUAUGGAACUCCAGCAGUGAGGCAAACCUGGACAAAGGAUGGAGACAUAUCACGUUCCCACUGUUUGGGCUAGUCGACUGGUUCUAUUUCCAGUUCAAAGCAGAAAGUUCCUCGGACUCUGAUGUGGCAUUCGUCAUGGAUAACUUCACGCUUAGCAUGAACUGCUUCCUUGAGACCAAUGGAGAAUUCCCUCCAGUGCUUCCUACAGCUGUUUCACCAGUACAGUUCAGAUCCACCAUUCAGAAAAAGACCACAACAUCAGUAAAUGGAGUAAAUGAAGGUCCUACUAACGACUCGGUUGAGCAGGUAGAUGAUGGCGUCCUCUACUCCCAGACGGGGCUGAUAGGCAAACUGGAGGGGGUCCAGAAGUGGCUGGACUAUGGGCCGGAGCUGAUCCAGGAUGAGCCUCUCCAUGGUCUUCAUGAUGUGGGACGUCAGUGCUACUGGCCUGUAAUCCUUGAUGUCACUAGAUCGCGGCGUCUUCGGAACAGGAACAAUGCAGGACGUCUUCCACAACACAGGGACCCUCUGGAGACUCAGGCUCUUAUUAAAAACAUACUGCACAGUGAGGCUCACUGUACAGGUGAUGGGUGGGGGAGUGGUGGAGGUGUGAGGUGGAUGAUCACAGGAGGGGGGCAGACUAUUAGGAGGAGGAGGGAGGGUGAGUAUAGUGGACUGCUGAAGACCAGCAGCAGAAGAAUCAGGACUGGGGAGGACAGAGCUUGUAGUGUCAAAUCUGUUAAAGAACAGAUUCAGCUCAUUGGCCCUGUCCACACUGCCCUCUGCUCCUCUGUUAUUGCUGGACCUGAAGCCGGUGAUGGUCCUCAUUCCACUCCAGACCUCCCUCAUGUUGUUUUGCUGGAGUUUCCCCUCCAGCUUCCUCCUAUAUGUGUUCUUAGCCUCCCUGAUAGUUGUCUUCAGUUCCUUCUGGAUCGUUCUCACCUCCUCCCUGUCUCCAGCUCUAAAGGCCCUCUUCUUAUCGUUAAGGAGAGCUUUAAUGUCCUUUGUUACCCACGGCUUGUUAUUUGGGUAACAUUUAACAGUUCUGGUCGGUACAGUGGAGUCUACACAGAAGUUAAUGUAGUCAGUGAUGCACUCUGUGAGCCCGUUGAUGUCCUCUCCGUGCGGCUCACAGAGUGCCGGCCAGUCCGUAACCUCGAAACAGUCCUGCAGUGCCUCCCUCCGUCUUCUUGCCCUCGCUUUUCCCGUGCGCUGUCUCGUUCCUCCUCUGCAUCCCCUGUGCGUCCGUCUCCAAAGUUCUUCGGGGAUGUUAUUUGGUCUGGUCGCCAUGCCGGCCGGCUUCAGCGCGAUCAGCUGAUCCCGGGUGUAAACAAAGCGUCCAUGUUGCUGCGCAGCGGCGGACCAGGAGCCAAGUGGACUUUUCGCACCUGUGGGGCUACAGGGCCAGUAGGUCCCACUGCCUCUCAGUGUAGCAGUUCGUACCGUAACACCAACAUACAGGUGACUAUAGGGACGAGUGGAGCAACUAAGGGCAUCCAGAUGUGGAGAAUUCCUGAAACAGCACUAUACAGAAUCACAGCUUACGGUGCAGCAGGCGGGCGUGGCGUUCAGAACUCCGAGAGGUCGCAUGGAGUCUCCAUAGUAGGAGAUUUCAAGCUGAAGAAAAAUGAAGUGCUGUACAUCUUGGUGGGACAACGUGGUGAAGACGCCUGUCCUACUACUGUGGAGUCUCUGCAGAAAAUCUGUCAGGAGCCAAAUGAUCCACCAGACAGCGAGAGCAUGCUUAAAGGAGGUGGAGGCGGAGGAGGGGGUGCAUCUUAUAUUUUUAUGGUGGAGAAAGGAGUCUAUAUCCCUCUUUUAAUCGCUGCCGGAGGUGGGGGUCGAGGCUACAGCCACCACUCUGAAUCAGAGAGCCCUUUUGAGAUUGUGGACCGUGAUCCCCAUAUCCCUGGACGUAAUGGCAUCUCCAGAGCUGCAGGUGGUGGUGGAGGCUGGAACGACAGCAGUCCCGUUUCUUGGGGUGGCAGACCACUCAUUAUGGGAGGUCAGGGAGGAGAUUCAUGCAAAGACUCCGUCUGGAAGACUCUAGGGGGUUUUGGAGGGGGCGGAGGAGCCUGCACUAGCGGAGGUGGAGGAGGUGGCUACAGAGGAGGUAAAACUUCAGUAGAUAACGACCCUGAACAGGAUGGAGAGGACGGGUCCUCCUUUAUCAGCCCAGAUGGAGAGAUAUAUCUAGAGGCACUCAAAGCAAUGGAGGGUGAUGGAGAGGUAGUCAUAAAUCCUGUGCAGAACUGCAGUCAUUGUGAAUCAGAAGAGUGCCAUGAGACUCCGGAGGGGACAGAGUGUUACUGUGAUAAGGAUCUAGUUUUGGCUGCGGACAGGGUGUCCUGCAUCAACUCUACAGAGAUAUCUGUCCUCAAUCAGCCGUCCCUCUCUCACCUGGCAUUGGGACUCUCAGUGGGAACCUCUGCGCUCAUUGCUGCACUGCUGUUAGCCGUAUCUGGAGUCAUGAUCAUGUACAGACGUAAACACACUGAGCUGCAGUCCAUUCAGCUGGAGCUGCAGAGUCCUGACUGCAAGCUGAGUAAGUUCAGAGCCUCCACCAUCAUGACGGAUUACAACCCCAACUACUGCUUUGCUGGCAAUACAGCCUCUGUGAAGGACCUGAAGGAGAUUCCACGUCGCAACAUCUCCCUCACCAGGGGUUUGGGGCAUGGAGCCUUUGGAGAGGUCUAUGAAGGUCUGGCUGUGGGAAUACCAGGAGAACCAAGUCCAAUGCAAGUAGCUGUCAAGACACUUCCUGAGGUGUGCUCCGAGCAAGACGGACUCGACUUUCUGAUGGAAGCUCUAAUAAUCAGUAAGUUCAGCCAUCAGAACAUCGUGAGGUAUAUCGGAGUAAGUUUACAGGCUCUACCUCAAUUCAUACUGCUGGAACUGAUGGCUGGAGGAGAUCUCAAAACCUUCCUGCGGGAGACCAGACCCAGACUGGAGCAUCCGUCCAGCCUAACCAUGGUGGAUCUUCUUAACAUAGCCAGAGAUAUCGCCCGUGGCUGCCAGUACCUGGAGGAGAAUCAGUUCAUUCACAGGGACAUCGCAGCAAGGAACUGCCUGCUAACCUGUAAAGGUCCAGGAAGGGUGGCCAAGAUCGGGGACUUUGGCAUGGCUAGAGAUAUCUACAGAGCCAGCUACUACAGGAAAGGAGGCCGUGCCAUGCUGCCAGUUAAAUGGAUGCCACCGGAAGCUUUUAUGGAAGGAAUAUUUACUUCCAAAACUGACACAUGGUCAUUUGGAGUGCUUUUAUGGGAGAUCUUCUCGCUGGGUUACAUGCCCUAUCCCAGCCGCAGUAAUCAGGAGGUUUUGGAUUUUGUCACUAAUGGAGGCAGAAUGGAUCCUCCAAAAAACUGCCCUGGACCAGUCUACCGGAUAAUGACACAGAGCUGGCAACACCAACCUGAAGACAGGCCAAAUUUCUCUACUAUCCUAGAGCGGCUUGACUAUUGUCUGCAGGAUCCAGAUGUGAUUAACGUUACUUUGCCUGUGGAGUACGGCCCAAUGCCUGAAGAGGAGGAGCGUGUUCCCAUGCGUCCAGAUGACCCUGCUGCCCCCUCUUUACUUGUCAGUCCACAGGGCACAGAGGAUGCAUCAGAGUCUGCCUCCGCGACCAGAUCCGAGGAUGCGAAAAAAGCUGCGGAAGCUCUCCUGAUGAGUGGCUGCUCAUCUGACACCAAGCCCUCAUCCGGUGCUGCAUCUCAAACUUACCCUCAUCCACCAUUACCCGCUGUGUCUGCUCCGCCAGCCUGCAGCAAACCAUCAUCUGCUACCCCCACCACCCAGGAUGGAGGCCAUGUUAACCUUGGAUUUGCUCAGGCUCCCCUAGCUGAGAAGAAGAGCCACAAUGGGAAGCCCACCAACCUAUGGAACCCUACUUAUGGCUCCUGGUUCCUUCAGCAGCAACAGAAAAGGCAGCAGGCACAAGCGCAAGCAAAGGCUCAGAGGCAGGCAGGAAACCAGGGCUGUGAGCACCCGGGUCGGACUGUGACUAUUGCAGAGGCUUUGAGCCUGCAGAACCAGCACAAGCAGAAGCAGAUCCAACAACAACAGAAGAUCCAGCAGCAGCAGCAGAUGCAGAUCCAGCAGCAGCAGCAACAGCAGCAGAUGCAGUGCAGGCCUCUUCUUCCCCCUCCUCCACCAGCUGCGGCUGCCCCUCUGUUACUGGAUUCAGCAGCCCUGCCCCCUGUGCCACUUUACAGACUGCGCCGCUUUCCCUGCGGCAACAUCGGGUAUGGCUACCAGGAGCAAGGUCUGCAUUUGGAUUCGUCCAUGUCUGUGUCUGGACCCCCGAACCCCCUGCCACCUCCAGCCCUUUCCAACCAGCAGAGACCCAUCUCACUCGGCCGGACUGGAGUUGCUGAGGACAGUCGCCCCCUGUUGGUCACAAUGGGAACUGUACAGGACUCCAGACUCCCUAAGAUGGAAGGGCACAAUGCCACAGUGCUUUAACCUCCCCGCCCCAGACUUUCUCUUCUUCAGUGCCCGCUUGCAAAACACUGUGCCAUCCGUCUGUGCCCACCCCACGCUGCUUCUUAGCCAAGCCAACAUUCACGCCCCCUUUCUAUGACUGGGAUGAGACUGACUGUUUUAAUAAUCAUUCUGUAUGAACUUGGUGCAGCAAGCAUCAGGAAUUCGGUACUGCAGCGCACUGAGAGGUUUUAAAGAUGACAGGUCGUGCUGCAGUCGCUCAUGAGGACGUAAGGACCUGUGAAAAGCACCCCAUCGUUUUAGUGUUUUUUCACAGAAACACAGAAAAAGAGUUUGUUGAUGCUUGCUUGCCUGCUUGUUUAUUUAUUCAUUUUGUUAAUUUAUUAUUUGAAAGCAGUGUAAAUUAUUAAUGGGCGUGUUUCAUAAAGCGAACCACUCUACUGAUUAUGCACCAUUUUGUUCAUAUUUGGAUUCGGUUGACACUUUCUGACUCGGAAUUCAAUGAAAAGAAUAAAUAACAAACAGCAAACGCUCUGUGUGUAACAGACGACUUGUUAUAGACGACUGACUUUUAUCUAUUAUCAAUGAAGGUGAUCAGUUGCCAUGGUAUUUAAAUAGGGGUGAAUUGGUCAGAGAAAAUGCUGUCAUGGAAUAUUUUUUACCAUUGUGUGGCUUGUGAAAGAGGUGUACAUUUGUGUAUUUAACCCACAGAGGAAUCGAGGUACUGACCUCUUUUAUUCCAUCUAUUUUCAGUUAACCUGUGGCUUUGGAAAAAAAAAAGCUUUUGUGUAUAUAAGAGCUGUAGCCAUCUUUGCAAAGAAAUGAAUUAUUGCUCUUUUGGUCUCUUGGUUUCAGUAUCUUUCAAUAAAUUGUUAAU